AUGGUUCGACGUAAGCAUACGGAUGAAUCUAUUCAAAUCUGGAGCCGUAAUCAUGAAGGUUCAUCCUUACUUUAUUGUAUAUUUACAAAUAUUAUGGGAGCCUGUUGUUUAAUAAAUAUGCUAUUUGGUUAUUAUAUACUAUAUAAUAACUAUAAAAUCCUCUCCUAUCAUCCGAAGUGCCUAAGAACUAUUAUAUUUACUUUAUUUGGUGAAUUAUUGGUAUAUUUUGCUUUCACUAUUUUUUUAUUAAUUAUUCGUAUAUUGUGUGGAGUUAGAGCAAGUGUUCAUUCUAUAGCCACUAUUAGCUUAUUAAGUACAUUUCAUCAGAUAAUACUUUACUAUAUAUGCUUUAUCCUUAGUAUUGGAGUUCUAAUAACUCAUAAAUAUUCUAUAAAUCUAAAUAAUUCAACUUUUUUAAGCUACGUCUCAUUACCUUCUUCACUAGGUAAUCCUUUACAAAAUAAGUUGUUACAUUAUUAUAUAAUAGAAGCCUCUUUAACUGGAAUAGAAGUCAUAAUAACUAUACCGAUUGUGACUAGUUUGUGUUGGUACAAUUUGUCGAAAUUAUUCGACAAAAUAAUGGGUAAACCAAUAGUUCAAUUCUUCUCAACAAACAUUCCAGAUAGCUAUACAAAUUUCCAAGAUUAUGAAAGUAAAGUGAAUUUUUUAAACAAACCGAUAUUAAAUAUACAAAUUAUAGAUAAUGUCUAA